UAGAAAACCCUAAACCCCCUUACGAAUCAGUUUUACCUUCAUUUUGAUUCAAACGACGAUCUCAGUCAUGAUCCGAUUCACAAGAACAAAACCUAUACUCGACUCACUGAGACUGAGUCACGACCUCCUCCAGAAAUGCCACGCGAGCGGAACCCCCAAGGGAAAAUCCAAACUCAAAACAAUCCAAGCCUUGAAGCGCCACAAAGCCACCACCAAAAGAGGCGGAAGCGGUGGAGAGGAUGCGAGUAAAGGAAAAGGAGCAAUCUCCGAUCACUGCAUAAACCCACCUCACCCCGUUCGCUACCUCAGACCCAAGGAGAGAGACCGAGAGGCCCAGCGAGAGAAGCUCGGCCUGAUCAGCAAAGCGAGGCAACGAGAGAUCGAUAUCCAGAAAAAGCUCGGACCUUUAACCACGGCGAGAGCCACCGACGAGGAGCCGAUGAGGAUCGGGGUCGCGGGGUUGGAUUACGUCGCGUUGGGGAUUUUCACGGAGGAGGAGUUGCCGAAGUACAAGGUGACGGUGGAGGACGGGAAGAGGCUGGCGAAGGAGUACAGCAGAGUGCUUAUGAGGGAGCAUAGGGAGAAGCGUGUGGCGGAGAUUGGUCUGAUGAAGAUGAGGAAGGCUGCGUUGGAGGCGUUGCCGGAGGAGCUGAAGAAGGCGGCUUUGGAGCGUGAUGCGACGACGCCGUUUCCGGUGAUUAGGGGAGCGGCUACGGUGUUGCCUCCUGUUGAAGGGUAUUUGGAGAGGAUUAUGAAUGCGGCUAAUAAGAAGAGCUCGAGUAAAGAGAAGCUGAGAUGAUCUUAUUGGGUUUUGAUCAAAAGAACAACGUUGAACUUUUGUUUUUACUUUGUUGAUCCUCCUGAGAUAAGAUGGUCGUAGUGUUUUUACUACACUCUAUGGUAGUAGAACACACUAGUUGAAGCUUAUAAAGUUUAAAUCUUUUUCAACUUUUGUCUGUUUGAGAUUGAGUUACUUCAUAAUAAUCUUAUGAGUAGUGAAGUUGUUUGGGUUUGAAAGUCACUGGUAACAAUUGGUGUCAUUCUCUU